CAGUUACUUUACUCCAGCAGGCUUUUCCCUACUCACACCAUACUGUGGCAGGUGGCCUCAAAUCAGUAGAUGUGGUAGAAACCAUCUUACCUGACUGACAGAGGUUUGGAUCCUCCCUGAUUAUUUGAGCGUCAACAGAGUUAAGAGCUGAAGCUUCACUUUGCUGAGAGACUGCACGCCAGGCACGAGGCUCCCUACUCCUCCCCUCUACCACUCUGUUUUUUACUGGGCUCUUGUCCAGAGAAUGACUGGCCCCAGCAGACCUGAGAAGAGGAUCACACACUGAAGGCACAGAGCUGCAGUUCUUACUCUGCAGACUGGGAUUUUACAAAUUAGCAGCUCGAACACCUUUAUGGGAUUCAUAGACUGGCUUCUAGAUUUCCCUCUUUUUUACUUCAUUAGAUCAGAAACAGUGGAACAAACACUGCACUUGCUAACAGCUAAAAAAACAGACGAACUGACAUAUGGACAGAGAGCAGUGAGCACUGCGGCGUGAAUGUAGCAACUGGACUUCUCUUCUCUCUGGUUGCUAAGACCAAACAAGGAUAAUAGCCAAAGCACUAUCCUUUCCACCAAAGGUAGUGGGUGGAUGCAGCUUUCAGCAGACUGCUAUAGGGGAAAGCAGUCACUGCAUAGAGGCUGCCUGUAUAGCUGAUCGACAUUGUGGUGAUUCUGAGAAAAUGCUCGGCUAGCUUAAAGUAAAUUCUUCUUGAAUUUUGAGGACUAUCUCCUGUGUUUAGUGGAAAUAUAUAAAAAUACCAGUAUCAAUAUUUUCAGACUUUGCUGCUCUUGCUGCGUGGACUUAAAGCUUUUUAAACUAAUGACUAUAGAACGUUUAUCCUAGAGAUCAUGGCAGGAUGGAUACGGUCAUUAAAUCUGUUGAUAGUGAUGCUGCUAUGUUUUAUUCUGCUGGGAAUGGCUCACACUGCACACAGCAUAUACCCAAGGAUACGGCUCUCCCACAAAGAGCUUUGGCAGAUGAACAGGACCUGGGUCUUCCAGGGACGUGGAGUACCUCUUCAGCCCCAGACCAUGCUGCUGGAUGAGGGCCACCAAAGGCUUUAUGUUGGUGCCCAGAAUGCUUUGUUCUCCCUUAACCUGGACAUGGUUAGUGCUCACUAUAGACAGAUUACCUGGGGAAGUACUGAAUUUCAGAUAGAGGAGUGUAUAAUGAAGGGGAGGGAAAAGCCUGAAUGUGCAAACUACAUUAAAGUUUUGCAACAAUACAACCAGACUCAUUUGCUGGUCUGUGGAACAGGAGCUUUUAAUCCCAUAUGUGCCUUGGUCAGAGUGGGACACAAAGGUCAGGAAACAAUGUUUGCUUUUGAAGAGGAGAGUGUUAUGAGCGGGAAGGGACGCUGUCCGUACGACCCCAACAGUUCCUGCAUGUCAACAAUGUGCAGAGGAGAGCUCUAUAUUGGCCUGUACACUGACUACUGGGAGAAUGAUGGUGCUUUGUGUCGACUCAACAACAACACUUUCACACGCACAGAAAGAAACGACAGGCAGCAGCUCAAUGAACCUAAGUUUGUGGGUUCAGCAGUUAUCCCCGACAACGAUGACAGAGAUGAUGAUAAAGUUUACUUCUUCUUCACUGAGCGGGAGACUGACGGGGAAGGAGUGAACCGGGGAGUCCUUACCCGCAUUGGGCGAAUGUGUGCGAAUGACCAAGGAGGACAGAGAAUGCUGGUGAACAGAUGGAGCUCUUUUCUGAAAACUCGCCUCAUCUGCUCUGUGCCUGGACCAAAUGGCAUUGAUACACACUUUGAUGAUCUUGAGGAUGUGUUUGUGCUCACCAAGAAAGAUGAAAAGAACCCAGAGAUUUUUGGCCUCUUUAGCACAACAAGUACCGUGUUUAAGGGCUAUGCAGUGUGCAUGUAUCACAUGGAAGACAUAAGAGCAGGCUUCAAUGGACCAUUUGCCUACCGGGAAAGACUUGAGCAUCACUGGACGCCCUAUGAGGGCAGAGUCCCCUACCCUCGACCUGGAUCUUGUGCCAGUAAAGUGAAUGGCGGAGGCUUCUCAAGCUCAAAGGAGUUUCCAGAUGAGGUUUUGCGGUUUGUGCGCUCUCAUCCUGUGAUGUACCGUCCAGUCCUUCCACGUCACCACAGACCUAUUCUCCUGCAGACAGAGCCAGGCAGAAGAAAGCUGACCCAAAUCGCAGUAGACCGGGUCCAAGCACAAGAUGGACACUACCAUGUUCUUUACAUUGGCACUGAUGACUCUGUGGUUCUGAAAGUUAUCACCAUCUACAACAAAGACACAGACACUAUAGAGGAGGUGUUGCUGGAGGAGCUGCAAAUUUUCAAGGUACCAGCUCCAAUCAGAGAGAUCAUAAUAUCACCAAAAAGGCAACAGCUGUAUGUUGGGUCAGAAGUGGGUGUUGCUCAGGUCAGACUACAUCAGUGUGACCUCUAUGGUUCAGCAUGUGCUGACUGUUGCCUGGCAAGAGAUCCAUACUGUGCCUGGGAUGGUCUCACCUGCUCCAGAUAUUACCCUGCUGGAGUUUACACCAAGAGACGAUUCAGACGACAGGAUGUUCGCCAUGGCAACGCCGUACAGCUGUGCAAUGGACUGUCAAUUGAUGAUGAACAAUGGCAGAGGGCUGAGGAGAGGCUAAUAUACAGCAUUGAGAGCAACACCACUUUACUGGAAUGUGUCCCUCGAUCACUUCAAGCCAAGGUCCUCUGGUUCUUAGAGAAAGAAGGGGAAAAACAUGAGGUUCAAGGUGAUGAAUGGGUCAUCAUGACAUCUCACGGGCUGCUGUUCUUACACGUGAGAAGCUCUGAUGCUGGCGUGUAUGUGUGUCAGACUGUGGAACAUGGAUAUGUACACACAUUGCUACGGAUUAACCUCCAUGUGCUCCAAGCGGAGAGGCUGGAGUCGGCAAUGCGCAAGGCUAACGACGAAGAGCGAGAUGGAGUUUCGGCUCAAUGCCACUCCAUCCUAGUCCCUCCAUCUGCACCAAGCGUCAGCCCCCGAUCUCUGCAACCACCCUCAAUCCCAGCCCCUAACUCUAGGCUCUGGUACAAGGAGUUCCUUCAACUAAUUGGUUACGGCGAUGCUCAGAAAGUGGAAGAAUAUUGCGAGAGAGUGUGGUGCUCUGAUAAGAAACGCAAAAAGACCAAAAGGAAGUAUGUUUCUUUGGGUGGUGAGAAGAGAGGAAAAGGAAGGGGAGAGGAGAACUCCCACAGAGCUCCCAGGCACACCUUUGACACCUGAUGAUAACAAAGACUCACUGCACAUAUGCACACGCAUACAUACACUGUCUAAAGCUCAUACUCCCUCGGUGUUCACACCAUGUAAGAGGUAUUCGUUUUAUUUUCAACAAGAGCUGCAAGAGAAAAACAGUAGCAGAUUGCCUUACAAUCGUAGCUACAUUUACCACUGAGGUCUUUUCUGCUUACUCUGUCACAUCUUGUCUUUUUCUGUGUGAUCUACACCUAUCAUUUGCUGCAGAUCUUGGAGGAACACCACAAGCAUCACUGUUAAUACAGAAAAGAGACUGUCAUGGGACGAGAUGGACAAGAUUGUGUAAAGUUUCCUCCGAUCAGAAAGACGCCAUGUAAGCGGAUCAAUUCAAACCCUGCAAGACUUCUUUAAAGCUCUGCCUUUCUCCACCCUUCACUGAGUGGCGGGAAAUGACAUUUUCUGUAAGAUAUAAGAAAAAAAAACAAUGGUGUUAAACAAAAUUUUUAGAAGCAUGGUAAAUUAUUUCCCCUGUUUUUACUUUGAGGUAUUUUAAGUAACAUUGUCAAAAACUUGAAGAUAGAUGGUUGUUCUGUUUGUCAGAAGGGUAUGAGGUAAUUGAAUGAGAUUGCAACGAUAGCUGCAGUAUGUGUGGUUAGAAUGGCCACUAGAAUGUAGAGUUGAAACAAGAUGCUUACAUACACAGUAUAACAAGGUACACAAAGCUUUUAACUUUAUUUUCUCACUGUCUGGCAUUAAAUCAGUUUAAACCUUUUUUGUUUUAGGUCAGUUAGGAUUAUCAAAGGUAUUUAUAUUUGCUAAAUGUUAGAAUAAAGAAGAGGUGAUUUUCUUAGGGAAUUCAUAUUGCUUUCUUUAAAUUCAGAAGUUCACACAAAUGUCCUUAGUAUUAGGUAGCAUUACCCUUAAACUACAUGACCUCGGUCAAAUGUUUUAGGUAUCCUUCCACAAGCUUUUCUCUAUAGUUUUCUGAAAUGUAUUGCCCAUUCCUCCUCAAAGAACUGGUAAUGUUUUUAGGCAGCCUUGCUUACACUCUACAUCAAAUUUUCUAAGGGUCUGAGAUCAGGGCUUUGUGAUGACCAUUUCAAGACAUCUGACUUUGUUGUCCUUAAGCCAUUUACUCUAAUUUAUUGGUAUGUUUGGGGUCAUUGUCCAUUUGGAAAACCCAUCUGCAUCCAAGCUUUAACUUUAUAGCCGAUGUCCUGAGUUUUUACCUAAAUACUUCCACAUAAAGUUCUUUUUGCAUGGUCCCAUCUAUUUUGUUGAGGACACCAGUCCCUCAUGCAGCAAAUGACCCCUACAGUUGAGAAGGUGUUGUCAUACUUGCAAGCUUCCAAAUUUUUCCUUCAAAUAUAAAGAUGGUCAUUAUGGCUAAACACUCAAAUUUUUGUUUCAUCAGAUCAGACAUUGUAUCUUCAAAAAAAGAGGUCUCUGUCUGUGAGUGCAUCUGCAAACUGUAAUCUGCUUUUUUAUGUUGGUUUUAGAAUAAUGGCUUCUUGUUUGCUGAGUGGAAUUUUACUCCAUGUUAGUGCAGGACUCGUCUCGCUCUCUAAUCAGUUUCAGCCAGCAUCUUUAAAAGGUCUCUUCCUUUUGUUCUGGUGUUGAUGCACACAUUUUGAACCAAAAAUAAAUUAAUCUCUGAGACUCAGAACCUCUUCUCUUUAGGUAUGAUGGUUGGACAUUUUCAUGCUGUUUGUAUCUUCGUAUAAGUCGUUGAAGAAAACACCGUCAGGCAUGUGGUGAUUGCACCCAAGGGUUAAUCAAAAUUUCAGAGGUCCAGAAUUCUUUUCCAGAUGUGCCUGAUUUAUUUAUUUUUUUGUUACAAUGAUAUCACAUAAGGAAGCAGUAAUGCCUUAAAAUGCAUCCACAGGUGUAUCUCCAGUUAACUCAAACGUUAUGAAUUAACGUACCAGAAUCGUAAAAUACAUUAAAUCAUCACCUGGACUAAAAUGUCCUAUAACUUCUGAAUAUGAAGAAAGUAAUAAGAAGUGCUUAAAAACUCUCUCUCUCUUUUAUCAUUCUUGCAUAUAGCAGCUAGAACUACUUUUGGCAAUCCUAAGUAAGCAGCAAACAUUUAUUCUAAUUCAAUAUAACAUUAAUUUAACAGAGUGAGAAAAGAAAUGUAAUGUGUCCUUUGUACAGUGUAUGUAUUUAUUUGGUUUCAAAUGUAAGUUGCAAUACCACUGUCAUGGGUAUUUUGAGGCAUGUUUCAACUGUAACACCCCUGUCCCCCGUAAAGAAAAUGCAAAUACUGUUUAUGCACUUGUAAAAGCUGAAACAAUAGAUGAUAAAUUGUCUUACCAGUGGAUAUUACUUGUUUUGUACUUAUCUAUUCUUACCACUGUUACAGCUGAACGUUUAAUCAAGCGACACAGUUGUGCGUAUUGUGUUUUGUAUUUGUCUUAAAGAUCUGGUUGUAUCUGGUUACAUCCGUAUACUCAAUUUGUAAUUUUUUUCCUCCUCCUGUGACUUUUUGUAUUCCAGACAUCACCUUCUUUACAGUUGACAAACCUCCAUCUGAUCUUGCAGAUGUGAUGCAUAAUUAUCAUGAACAGUAAAAUACAACAUCCCAUUUUUUGGGGGAAAAUAAGAGACAAAUAAAUGUUAAAGCAGCCAAUCUGGCAUGUCUUUAGCAAGAGUUAUGAAUAUUCAUUCGGAUCUGAGAUGAUAGAAUUAAAGUCAUGUUUUGGUUAAAUGACUGUACUAGUUGUGCUAAUUUCUGUACUCAGUAAGGUCAUGUAUGCUUUUUUUCCAUUUGUGCAUUAUUUAUUCAUUUCUACCUUGAUUGUUUUGACUGCAUCUAAGACACAUUCAUACUGUGUUAAGACGUCUGUUGUAUCUCCAUCAAGAAAUACAAUCAUUAUAAUCCUUAAAUAUUUCAAAGGUAAAACCUCAGUAUUGUGAAAAUUCUGUAUAUUUUACCCUUAACAUGCCUGCAAUUAAAACAGAACUACUUUC